AUGAAGCAUAAUGCACCUGACCGGAGGGUCACUUAUGAUGAGCUCAUGAAGAGAAAAGCUGAGGAUGACGAGUUGGAUGAUCGUCGACGGAGAAGAUCCCGGAUCCAGCAUCGAAUAUCAGCAGCUGAUGAGAGGCUUCAAUCCCGUGCUGAGGGUGUAACUUCAGAGGACGAACCCGUGUGGGUGCCACUGGAGCGUGAAAUCAAGCCAGACCGGCGUACUGGAGAAAUUGAGAAGCUAGUUCAAGCCGACCUUGAGGUUGAGCGCGAAGAGGAAGAUUACUGGGAUGACUAUGAACUUGACAUUCAUCCAGACUUCGUCAACAACCCUGACAGUGAUUCUGAUGAAGAACUCGAAGAGAAUUCAGCGAAAGACGACGAUGAUGAGUCUGAUAAUUCUGACAAAUCUGAUGACUCCGACGAGUCUGAUUGA